CCUCGGAGAAGGUGGAGGCCCUGCCGGAGCAGCCCCCCCCGGAGCCCCGUGCCCGUUUCCGGGUGCGCCAGGACCUGGCGUCGCUGCCGGCCGAGCUCGUCACCCAGAUCGGGAACCGCUGCCACCCCAAGCUCUACGACGAGGGGGACCCCGCUGAGAAGCUGGAGCUCAUCACCGGCACCAACGUGUUCAUCACGCGGGCGCAGCUCAUGAACUGCCACGUCAGCGCGGGCACGAGGCACAAGGUGCUGCUGCGCCGCCUCCUCGCCUCCUUCUUCGACCGGAACACGCUGGCCAACAGCUGCGGGACCGGGAUCCGCUCGUCCAGCAACGACCCCAGUCGGAAACCGCUGGACAGUCGGGUGCUGCACGCGGUGAAGUGUGAGUGGGGGGCUCCUGGGGGGGCUCCCCAAGGGGCUGG